CGGAAAGCUUCGGAAAUGAACGAGGGGCGGGACUCGGUGAAACGGCGUCGCGAAACAUGGCGGCUAAGGCGCUCCGUCAGCGAGGCAGGAGAGGCAGCAGACAGGACCAGAACAGCCAGAACAUUCCAACAGAACCCCGGACUCCGAAAGAUGAGAAAGCCGGGGAUGACACUAAAACCACAGAGGCUCGCACAGAAUCAAUCAGUCGAGGAGGUCAGGUUUGGGCUCCUGAGGGCUCAACAGCCUUUAAAUGCCUGCUCUCCUCGCGCUUCUGUGCGGCUUUACUCAGCAACAUCUCCGACUGCGAUGAGACGUUUAACUACUGGGAACCGAUGCACUACCUGUUGUACGGGAAAGGAAUGCAAACGUGGGAAUAUUCUCCCCUGUACGCUAUCAGGUCCUACGCAUACUUAUGGUUACAUGCCCUGCCGGCUUGUUUACAUGCCCACGUCCUGCAAACAAACAAGGUGUUGGUGUUCUACUUUGUGCGUUGUGUCCUCGCCUUCUGCUGCUGCGUCUGUGAACUCUACUUCUACAAGGCUGUUUGUAAGAAGUUUGGCUUGCAUGUGGGUCGUCUAAUGUUGGCCUUCCUCGUCCUGAGCACUGGAAUGUUCUGCUCAUCUGCAGCAUUCUUACCGUCCUCCUUCUGCAUGUGCACCACGAUGGUCGCCAUGACGGGCUGGUUUCAGGACUCGACACCGUUAGCUGUUAUGGGCGUGGCCGCCGGCGCCAUCAUCGGAUGGCCAUUUUCUGCUUUAGUCGGGAUUCCGAUCGCCUUCGACCUGCUGCUCAUCAAGAGGGAGUGGAAAAGCUUCAUGACAUGGACAGCUUUGGCCGGGCUUCUGCUGCUGGUCCCCCUGGUGGCAGUGGACUCCUUCUUUUAUGGCAAAGUAGUUAUAGCGCCACUCAAUAUUCUGCUGUACAACGUCUUUACUCCACAUGGACCCGAUUUGUAUGGAACAGAGCCGUGGCAUUUCUACUUCAUCAACGGGGUCCUGAACUUCAACCUGGUCUUUGCUCUGGCGCUCUUCUCCCUUCCGCUCACCGCUCUCAUGGAGACCCUGCUGCACAGAUUUAAUGUGCAGAACCUGGGCCGGCCGUACUGGCUCACUCUGUCUCCCAUGUACCUCUGGAUGCUGGUUUUCUUCACCAGACCUCAUAAAGAAGAGCGCUUUCUCUUUCCCAUCUACCCUCUGAUCUGCCUGUGCGGGGCGGUCGCCCUCUCGUCUCUGCAGAAAUGCUACCACUUCCUGUUUCAACGGUACCGACUGGAGCAUUACACGGUCUCGUCCAACUGGCUGGCUUUAAGCGCCGUUGUUGUGUUCACGGUGCUGUCGCUGUCCCGCUCUGUUGCCCUCUUCAGAGGCUACCACGCUCCUCUGGACCUUUACCCGGAGUUUCACCGCAUCGCCAAGGACCCCACCCUGCACCUGGUACCUGAAGGCAGGCCGGUCAGUGUGUGCGUUGGCAAAGAAUGGUACCGCUUCCCAAGCAGCUUCCUUCUGCCACACAACUGGCGCCUGCACUUCAUCCAGUCAGAGUUCAGGGGGCAGCUUCCUCAGCCGUACGGCUCUGGACCUCUGGCCACGCAGACCAUCCCAGCAAAUAUGAACGACCAGAACUUGGAGGAGACGUCCAGAUACGUAGAUGUCAAACAGUGUCACUACCUGGUGGACCUGGAUUCAGAUGAAGUGACUCCGCUGGAACCACGUUACUCGGCCAACAAGGAUGAGUGGAGCGUCGUCGCUUUUAAACCUUUCCUACAAACAUCCAGGUCAUCACCGAUCUUUAGAGCUUUCUAUGUCCCAUUUCUGUCAGAGCAUUACACCACCUACAGGCGCUAUGUCAUCCUAAAACCGCGGCGACAGAAGCAGCCUCGCAAGCGGACACAUGGCUGACUCUGGGAUGCUCGAAUCACCUGUGAGUUCAGACCGGAAGAGAGGAGCGCAUGGGUUCCCCUCCGAACAGCUGGGAUUCUGUGUGUCGGUGUGCGUGUGAUCAUGAAGCACCAAGACCUCCAAGGACAUUGGGUCUGCUUCUGCGAUUGCUUCUGAAAGUGUAAAGAUGACGUGUGUGUUUGAAUGGUAUGCAGGUGUUGUUUACAUUCAUCAGCUGGACAUUUACCAUCAGUGUACUAAAGAAGCGGGACCUCUACUGAAGGAUUUCACAUUCGGUUCAACCAUGAAAGGCCAAAUCGCAGAAACUUUACUUGAAUGAGGCCUCAGUGGAGACAUUUUUCUCCAGUCAGAGAAGCCUGUGGCGUCUGCAUGUGCGGACUAAAAUGGUCAUGGAGUUGAGUUGGGAAGAAAAUGGGAUCUUUAAUUUAUGUUCAAAUGUCAAUAAAAACUUUGACUGUGAA